AUGUUAGCCGCCGCACUGCUUCUUCUUCUUCCUGCUGCUCAGGCUUCGUUCUUUGGUGGAGGCGGUGGUUGUGGCUGCCCGUGUACACCCGUGCCAUGUGCUCCUGCUCCACAGCCGCUCUGCCCUCCUCCACCUGUGUGCGGUCCAUCGUAUCCAAGCUACCAACCGGCUCCACAAUACUACCCUCAGCAGGCUCCUGCCUACAUCCCUCAAGCACCUCAAGGAUAUGCCGUACCGUAUAAAAAGCGAUUCGCGUAUGGAGUGCGAACUGGUGAGCCAUCCAGAGAAGACCUAAUGCUUGCUGAGACCCAAGGACUACGACGACGUGUUCGCCGAGACACUGAAGCGGCCUUCGACCCAAAGUGCAACUCGGAACUUCUCAAAGAAAUCAUUCUAGAG